AUGCUGAAGCGUAUGGGUGAAUCGAGGGAUAUAGCUCUGCGGCGCUUCUACAGCACGGAACGCAGGUUGGCGAAGGAUAACAACUUACGUCAACAGUACGUGGCUUUCAUGGAGGAGUAUCAACAAUUAGAACACAUGAAGGAUGUUCAGGAAAUUACUGGCAUCGAUAUCAAAAGGUGUUACCUACCACACCAUCCUGUGGUGAAGGAAUCGUCUACGACAACCAAGGUGCGAGUCGUAUUCGAUGCGUCCUGUAAAACAUCGACCGGAAUAUCAUUGAAUGAUGCCCUCUACGCAGGACCGGUGAUUCAGGAGGAUUUGCGAGCGAUUAUCAUUCGUGGACGAACUAGACAGAUCAUGGUUGUUGCUGAUGUGGAGAAAAUGUUCCGGCAAAUUUGGUCUUGCCUUACGGAUCUUCGAUUCUUAAGUAUAUUCUGGCGUGCUUCACCCAUGGAUGAGAUCAAAACCUACGAACUAUGUACGGUCACCUACGGAACUAAACCGGCACCAUUUCUAGCUACUAGAACCUUGAAACAACUAGCAAUCGAUGAAGGUCACCGAUUUCCUUUAGCGGCCGUUGCUGUGGCAGAGGAUACAUACAUGGAUGAUGUAAUAACAGGGGCAGAUGACAUUGAAAGGGCGUCGAGGCUAAGAGCGGAACUGCAGGGAAUGAUGGAGGCAGGAGGUUUUCAUCUACGGAAAUGGGCAUCGAAUUGUUCGAAGGUUUUGGAAGGAAUUCCACAGGAAAACUUAGCCAUUCCCAAAACUAAGGAAAUUAACUUGGACUUGAAUUCCUCGGUGACCACCUUAGGUUUGGUUUGGAUUCCCGGAACGGAUAAGUUGAAAUUUAAGUUCCAAAUCCCCAAGCUGGUUCCUACUGAACAACUCACGAAACGAAGGAUUCUCUCGAUUAUCGCUACACUGUUUGACCCAACCGGGCUGAUUGGAGCUGUUAUCGUUGAAGCCAAAAAUUUUAUGCAACGCUUGUGGAUGAUGCAAGGUGAAAACGGUGAAAAACUAGAUUGGGAUGAUCCGGUUCCUUCGAAG